AGGGGGCGCGUGAAAGGGCGGCGGGGCGCGCAGGCGCAGGCGGUGCCGCCGCAGGGUGUGCAGGGAGCGUAGGACGGGGCCGGGGGUCGGGCGGGGAUCGCUGGCGGAAUGGACGAGGACGUGCUGACUACCCUGAAGAUCCUCAUCAUCGGUGAGAGCGGCGUCGGCAAGUCCAGCCUUCUUCUGAGGUUCACAGAUGAUACAUUUGACCCAGAACUUGCAGCAACAAUUGGUGUGGACUUCAAGGUGAAAACUAUCUCAGUUGAUGGAAACAAAGCUAAAUUGGCAAUAUGGGAUACUGCAGGUCAGGAGCGGUUCAGAACAUUAACACCCAGUUACUACAGAGGUGCACAAGGUGUUAUCCUAGUUUAUGAUGUCACAAGAAGAGAUACUUUUGUCAAGCUGGAUAACUGGUUAAAUGAACUGGAAACAUACUGCACAAGGAAUGACAUAGUGAAAAUGCUAGUUGGAAACAAGAUUGAUAAGGAAAACCGUGAAGUUGACAGAAAUGAAGGUCUCAAAUUUGCAAGGAAGCAUUCCAUGUUGUUCAUAGAGGCGAGUGCAAAAACGUGUGAUGGUGUACAGUGUGCCUUUGAAGAGCUUGUUGAAAAAAUCAUUCAGACUCCUGGACUGUGGGAGAGUGAGAGCCAAAAUAGAGGUGUCAAGUUAUCAAGCAAGGAAGAAGGAUAUGGAGGAGGAGGAGCUUGUGGUGGAUAUUGUUCUAUGUUAUAAACUUUGGGAAGCUUAUUCUUUAAAUAUUUAAACAGCUAGUGACAUUUUUCUGUACAUAAAUUCAUUAAAUGCUAUUUUUAGGGACCUUGCAGUUUGCACAUAUUUGUUUUGUAUCAUGGCAGUGAACACCUGUAGGAAAAAUGUUCUGCAGCUUUCCCAGUUUGCAAAUGUUAUGGUAAGCAUGCCCAGUUUGCAAUCUUCAGGUUUUUAUAAGCAGCAUAAAUAAUGUGCAAUAAUGAAUGCACUAAAAAAGUUUGACUGUAUACAUACAUCCUGUAACUAUUCUAAACAAAUUCAUCUAACAAACACAUCACUGCAUUGUCUGCUCUGUCUUAUUUUAAAAUACUCUUGAAGUUAUGGAACUAUAUAGUGUGCACAGAUCUUGAAAACCAUGUGAGCUGUAAAUGUUACAUUUCAUUUCUUCUAGUAAAUGCUUUUUUAUGGCAUUAAAAACAGCAAGAUUAUACACUUCUUGGACAAAUCUGCUAAAUUUUUCACUUUCAGCAGAGCUGUCUGAAAUACAAAUUGGCACAGGCCAUAGUUGGUAUCAGCACUUUCUUAUAGAGAUGCUUUGAAAGCUUCCUUUGCAAAGCUGGGGGACGCCUUUUCUUUUUAAUUGUCACUUCAGUUGAUGGCUUAACUGGAGUUUUAAUCCUGUUAUAUUUAUAUACUAAAUUUAUGGUACUCUUGUACUCUUUAAGUUUUUAUGAUGCAGCCUGCUCUAGUCUUGCUGUAGACAGUUUUCGUUUUUGGCAAGGGGUCUGAAUGACAUCUUUAUUCUUUGAUUGUCAGUCAAUUUGCCACACUUCAGUACAGAUGCCUGGUUUUCCUAAAUGUUUGUAAUAUAACUAUCUCAAACUGUAGCUCACUGUGGCUGUGAAGUUCUCUAUCAUGUCUGGUUUUGCAGCUACUUGUUCAGAAAUAAAACUUCCUGUCACAGACACUAAAUGGGAAGCUAUAGGGCUUCUUGAUCUCUGUAUGGAAAAAUACUAUUGCAAUGAGUAUUCACUUGAAUUUAAUGUAUCAAAGCCAAUGGUUUGUUUCAGAAGACUUGUAUAGACUAAUAAAUUUUUUCCACAAUA